UUUCGAGAGGCUCGAACAUUUGACUGUAUCGAUUAGACGAAUAUAAAAAAGUGAUAAAUUGUUUGACUUGUUCUAAUUGUUGCAAGUGGCUUAGUUAACCGAGAUACCAUGAUUAAAGUCGUUCUAACAAUAUCACUGGUUCUCCUAGAGAUCAGUGGUACCGCCAUACCUUUAGAAAAUUCGGAUAAGCUUUUGGCCGUAGCUGUGUACUUUAGACAUGGAGAUAGAUCUCCGAAGGAAUCAUUUCCUACAGACGAAUUUUUUAAUUUGGAACAUUUCCCAAUGGGCUUUGGUCAACUAACCAAUAAAGGCAUAGAGCGGCACUACGAACUGGGAAAAUGGUUUAGGAACAGAUACGGCGCAUUCCUAUCCGAAGAGUACUCAGCCAACGACAUCCUGGUCAGGUCCACAGACGUAGACCGCACCCUCAUGUCCGCCGCUGCCAAUCUAGCCGGUCUUUACCCUCCUCAGGGGCGGCAGGUGUGGAACAAGGAUCUGCUUUGGAGGCCCAUACCGAUCCACACCGUUAAAAAGAAGGACGACAACGUACUAGCCAUGAAGAAGCCCUGCGCGAAAUUGGACGAACUGUUCGAAAAGAACAAACAGUCGACAUUCUACAAACAAAUCAACAAGGACCACGCUGAACUGUACGAAUACCUUUCGGAGCACACAGGGAUGACUGUCGCUGAUAUCGACGAUGUAAAGUUGAUAAGAUCCAUUUUCUACUGCUACAAAAACUUUAACGAGUCUUUCAUACCUUCUUGGGCGGACAAUUUGAACCAAACUGAGCUAGAUUACCUGGCAGCGCUUGCUUUUGCCAGCCAUUCUGCUACGGAUGACAUGAAAACGUUGAGGGUGGGGCCAUUUUUCCAUAACCUGUUCGGUUAUUUCGAUGACGUUUUGGACCAAGUAGAAGACGCUCCUAAGUUUUUCAUGUUUUCUUCGCAAGACAAGCCAUUGGUGUCCGUGUUGGACGCCAUGGGCGUCUACGACUUAUACCCUCCCAAUUUUACUUCAACAAUUAUCUGGGAACUGAAGGAGGACGCAGAAGGGAGCAGGUACACAAAUCUGUUUUAUAGGAGAAGCGCAGAUGAGCUGUUCAGUUUGACUAUACCGGGGUGUACCUUUGAUUGUCAGUAUGACGAUUUUAAAGCUAUUUUGAAGCCUUUUACCCUCAAGAACAAGAAAUGGAAGAAGGAGUGUGGCAAUGCAGGUAAUAAUUAGGGAGCGGAAUGUUGGAAGGAUACUCUUUUUAUUUUAUUGGAUGUUCUACCACGCUGAAAAGUUAAUAACCUCUUCCUACAAAAGAGAAUGAAAAA